AUGGUGUUCAAAGCACAAUCCUUUGAAAGUUCUACAAAGAUCACGGGAAGUCGUUUCCCUGUUCCAAAGUCAGUGAUUAAUCAUCCAACAGACACUGGAGAGGACUUUGAGAAGUUAGAAGCAGCAAGAUGGGGACCGACUCUCCCGCACGGGCUCCGGACACAGCGGACUGUCCCGCCCUCGCCCUCGGCGGCCGAGACCCUGAGCGGCCGAGCUUUCCUGGUCCCGGUGCUGGAGGCUGGACAUCAGCUCCGAGGAAUACGCGUGUACCUGAAAGGGACUCUCCUGUUCGACGCAGAAUUCCCAGGACUACAGUGUGUAGAAUACACCCAGAGUCUUCAUGAUGAGGCACGUCAAGCUCUGAAUGAACAUGUGAAAAGCAUUUACAGAAGGGAUCAGACUCGCUUUAUCAAUCUCAUCAUUGCAGUUUCCAUGCUCCGAUCCAUCAGUGCAGGCAUCAUUGUUGAACUGUUUCUCAGGCCCAUUGGUGAUAUAAACAUAGACUGCAUGUUAAUGGAGAUGCUGUGUACCAAUAACAAGACUCAAGCUACUGUAAAAAGCAAGUGUACAGUAAAUACUGGCAUUCCUGACACUAGCUGUACUGUCCAAUGGACUAUUUAAGUUAUUUGUGUUUAUGCAAACAGUAUUUUUAUAAAUAAAAGUGCAUUACUAUUCUUUAAACCUUAAAUUUAAAGUGAAUUGUUAUGCGUAAGCGGAAUAUGUAUGAUAUCACAUUAGAUCUAUUGAAUUCUAGUAAUGUUGGAUAAACUUCAAAUAUAGUCAGCUGUGUCUCUUGCUUUAGUAUAAUGCUUGAUAACAUGAUUUAGCAAAUAGCAUAAUAGCUGUCUCUUCCAGUGAUUAAUAGGGCAUUCAAUCAGGAAGAAUGAUUCUGAUGAACUUGUAAAUGCAAACUCAAACAGUGAAGGCCGGUAAAGAGCAAGAUUAUAAAAACAUUUGUUGGUCAGCAUGAGGGUCUUGAAGUCAAUCCGCUAGGGUACUAAGAGCCAUGAAGCCUGGCAUGGAUAGGGGUAAUGAGCACGGUGAGUUUUCUGCGGAAAAGAUACAAUCUGUGGAGUUUUGGAUAAGUUAAACCUAGUGUCAGAAAAUCAAACAAGAGGUCACAACAACACGGAUAAGGAUUUUGGCUGCAUUGGGAGUGAGGUUGGGACAUAAAUGGCAACUUUUCAGUGAUGGAAGAAGGGUAUUUGUGGUCAAGGAUUUGAAACAGGACUGGGGGUCAAACUAAAUGUCAAAAUUACUCACUGGCUCAAUUAGUCAGAGCAAGUAGACAGGGAUAUUAAUAGGGAGACAGGUAGUCAAAGCCAGAGACAAGAAUGUAUUAGUCAGAGCCAAACAACAUAGCUUUAAUAUAAUGGAUCAGCAAUAGUGCAAAGAAAUCAAAGGAAAAGUGAAGGAACUAUCCUAUGACCUCUGCUGGAAAGUGUGUGAAUAUCAGAUUAGGCAGGAUAGUUCAUGGUCAAAUGCCUGUCAAAACUAGGCUCACAUAGGAAGAGUGGCCAGUCGAGGUGGGUAUCAAAAUGUUAGCAGAGUCUGCAAUUAGUAAGAAUUGUCGCCUUCAGUUUAGGAAGAGAGAAAAUUAAAACAAAAUUUUAGUUGCAACAAAGGUUAUAUUUGGGGAACUAUAUCUUGGACUUGAAUACAAAGUUAAGGAAGUGAUGAUGAAUCUGUAUGCCAUGGGUUAGGCUGAGGCUGGAAUAGUGCAUUGUUGGGUCCACAUUAUAGAAAGGAUAUUGAAGCAAAGUAGAGGGUGCAGUGAAGGUUUGAAUAUGGGAAUCGAGGACAAAAAUAAUAAUAAAAAUAAUCCUUGCAUUUGAUUUAA